AUGCAUGAUGACGAUGCACAAGAUGCGGUUACAUUAGAACCGCAUCUUUUGGGCGAUAUGAAAAGAUGCAAAAGAUGCGUUUACAUUAGAACCGCAUCUUUUGGGCGAUUCUUUUUUCAAAAUGACUACAUGACUUUAUCAGAUGAAUCAAAAGAUGCGGUUGCAACCUACCAACCGCAUCUUUUAAAAAUCAUGUGGCAUCUUUUGCCAACUUAUGUCUUAGAUUUGGAGGGAAACUAUUUUGUUGGAACCAUCCCAUCAACAAUAAAGGCAUUAUCUUCUCUUAAAGUUGUCUCAUUUGCGAACAAUAAGCUGAAUGGAUCAUUACUCGAUCAUGGUUUGUGUGAGUUAAAGAACCUUCAAGAAUUGAAUCUUCAAGGCAACAUGUUCACUGGAAAGCUGCCCGAAUGUUUCAACAUGCUAUCGUCUCUUAAGUUCUUUGAUAUUUCUUCAAAUCAAUUCAUAGGAACACUUCCGCCAUCUCUGAUUGCUAAUCUUACAUCUCUCGAGUAUGUGGAUUUCAGUCAUAACAAAUUUGAAGGUUCCUUCUCAUUCAGCUCGUUCUCCAAUCUCAAAAACCUUGAGGUUGUUGGAUUCAUAAGUGAUAAUGACAAGUUCGAGGUGGAAACAGAAGAGCCUAGAGGUUGGAAUCCUAUGUUCCAGUUGAAAGGUCUUGCGUUAUCAAAUUGUAAUAUCAACAUGCAUAAAGGAAGUGUUGUUCCUAGCUUUCUACUUCACCAACAUAGGUUAAAGAAACUAGACAUGUCGCAUAACUCAAUGGAGGGAGAUAUUCCAACUUGGUUGAUGAAAAAUAACACAAUGCUAGAAUUUCUUAGUCUAAUGAACAACUCAUUUGGUGGUGUAUUUUCUAAGCCGUUUUACAGGAAUCCUAAUACAAGAUGGUUGGAUAUGUCUGGAAAUCUCAUGAAAGGUGCCAUUUCUAAAGACAUACAAAAGUUCCUUCCCUCUAUAAUUCGUUUGAAUUUAUCUGGGAAUUAUUUAGAGGGCCCUAUCCCAUCUUUAAUAGGUGAUUUGAGUGAACUAGAGAUAUUGGAUUUAUCUCAAAACAGGUUUUCUGGAGAAGUACCACUUGGAUUGUUCACAAACCUCACUCGAUUGGAGGUAUUAAAACUAUCAAAUAACAUAUUUCAUGGUGAGGUACUUUCUGGAAACCUAAGUUUCAAACUUAGGCUUAGUAUCCUUCACUUAGAUAGCAACUACUUCUCUGGGAAAAUUGGAGACCUUGAUGAUAAAAGGAGUAUAUUAUCUGGGCCUAGCCUUUUGGAUAUUAGCAACAACUUUUUCACUGGUUCGAUCCCUGGUUGGAUAAGCAACAUGAGUUAUGAGUCUGAACUUGUGGUGAGAAAUAAUAGGUUGGGAGGUCAGUUUCCUUGUGGAACAAAUUCAUUCACUUUUCUUGAUAUCUCACAAAAUCACUUUUCAGGAUCCAUCCCAUCCUGCUUAGUUUCGGAAAGUUUGAAGCAUCUUCAUUUGGGUUCCAACGCAUUCACUGGGUCUAUACCCAAUUCCUUCUGUAAUUUGACCAAUAUUUUAACUUUAGACAUUGGCAACAACAGAUUGUUUGGCAGGAUUCCUAAAUUUCUUGGUGAAUUGUCAAAUAUUAGGAUUCUUCUUUUGGGAAAAAAUGAGUUCAGUGGUAAUAUUCCAAAGCAGUUGUGUCAGUUAACUAAUGUGAGUUUACUUGAUCUAUCUAGUAACUUCCUUUCUGGUUCAAUACCCGGUUGCCUACAAAAUAUUAAUCGUCCAAGUUAUCAAGCUUUCACAGAUGUUGAUCAUUUUUCUGGUCCUAGUAGUUCAUAUAGCUAUAGGAAUCCUCGAAAUAGUUGGUUUAGCAUGAUAGAUCAUCCAUAUGAGGUAUCAGGAUUACAAGAUGAAGUUUUGUUCACAACAAAAACUCUCUCCUACGCCUAUAAAGGUAACGUUCUUGAUAUCAUGUCAGGACUAGAUCUAUCUUGUAAUAAACUAAUAGGUUAUAUCCCAGAAGAGCUAGGAUUGUUGACCAGAAUUCAUGUCCUCAACCUCUCUCAUAAUAUGCUAACUGGACCCAUUCCAGUUAACUUCUCUAGCCUUGCCAACAUAGAGAGUUUGGACCUUUCUUUUAAUAGUUUGUCUGGAAACAUUCCACAGGAACUAAUUAAGCUAAACACUUUAGCUAUUUUCAAUGUUUCUUACAACAAUCUAUCAGGCAGACUACCAGAAAUGAAAGCACAAUUUAGUACUUUUAACAAAGAGAGCUAUAAAGGGAAUCCUCUUCUCUGUGGACCACCGUUGGAGAAUCAAUGCACGAUUCAAUCAUUGAUGAUCCAACCAACCAAUGAAGAAAGAAGUCAUGAGAAAUGGUACAAUAUGGACAUGGCGUCAUUCUAUGGAAGUUUUGGUUCCACAUGGUUUGUGUUCAUCUUGGGAUUUAUCGCACUUCUCUGUGUCAAUCCUUACUGGAAAAGAAGAUGGCUUGACUUCGUUGAAGAAUGUAUGUAUACAUGCUAUUACUUCGUUUGUGAUCUAGUAUGGAAGCCCUUGUAG